UUUGACGACGAUUGAUCAGACACUUGAUGGCAUACCGAGCCGUUUGGAAGUACGAUGCCUUGCGGCCGCCUUUGACGACCCCCCCCCUUUCUAUGCACAGCCUGCAGAGUCAACAUGCGGGAGGCUCACCACUUUGUGCGACCAACCGACCAACCCAACAAACGGCCACAAGGCGAAGCCCUCUCUGGGCUCUACCUCUACCGUCUACGCGUCGGCCAGUUAUCAGGCCAACGACUUGCCAUCAUUUUUGGUUUAUGCCUUUAUGUAUCGGGAGGCCUUCCAUUCUUUUCUGUUCACGUGCCUGGAAAGCCGACCUAGGGAGCCAUUAUAUAAAUCUCUUCGGUUCCUCCUUGGCUCUUGCCUUCUUCAAGCUGCCCUGGUGCUAUCCUUCAAGAGUUUCCACUUCUGGAGCAUCUUGAAAUUAGCACUACUUACGUUCUCAAGGAUAUUCUCUGAAAAUUCCAUUCCCGACUGCCUCACUUGGUUCUCUACAGACUACUUCAGAAUUAUACCCAUACAACCAACAACCCGACAUGACCAUCAAAGUCACUC